AUGACGCGCAGGGGCUGGAGUUGGCGUCGCGAGAUCAUGGCUUACGCCGGAGACGAGUACGACGAAAACGCCACAAGCGAUUUCGAGGGCGACUUCUACGACGAUUGGGACAGCGAGCUUGAGGUUCUUGCCGAGGCGACUUCUGACGGCAAGCUGAAGGGCAAGAAACGCUUGAGCUCUAAGAUCACCACCACCUCUCCGGGCUCGGACUCGCCGAUAUCUCCAGCCGUCAAGCAAGACCCCGAUCCCACCGCUGCGUCGCCACAAGGAUGCAAGACUCUUCUCCAGCAGCAUGACCAGCGCUAUCGCGUCAAUGUGUCGGAGAGCGCCACGGAUUCCGUCCAGCAAGGAGCCAAUCUCCAUACCGAUGAUAAUUCCAAGGUCACUGAGACUACCAUCCGCACGCACAAGGGCCCAUGCCUGUUUCCAAACGUUGUUGGAUAUCUGCAACAGGGCAAGAUCCAGCUUCGUGCCGGACAAGGGCCACUCACAAACAAAGCACGUGUGCCAUUCGCAAAGGAGGCACAUGCUGCUUCCAUGGCUAAGCAGCGCACGACUAAUGAGCUCUGUGAUGACGAAGAGAAGAAGGAUAUGCAUGACGAACUGACGAAGAAGCGCGCUGUGAUUGAUCUUACCGAUGAUAAGGAGGCUGGUUAUGGCGGAACGAUGAAGAUGCGCAGGACGUGCGGGCUGAGCGAUGAGGAGGAGGAUGAGUACCGUGGAUUGACAAAGAAGCGCACGACGAUCGAGCUCAGCGAUGAUGAGAAGGAUGAGUACGGCGGACCGACGAAGAAGCGCAAGCUCGCCUAA